UUUAUUUCUAGUCAAAAGACAAGGAAUGUGUGAAGUUUACAGGAUCUCAUCAAAUGAGAAGAUCCAGUUCCUGGAAAAGGAACUGGCCACCCAGCUUACCGAGUUAAAGACAGAAAUAGAGGAGAAUGGGGUGCUGCAUGGCACACCAAGUCGGUCUUACAGCUCUGUUCCAGUACCGAAAGACAUUCUUUAUUUUCGAAGGGAAAGGGAGGUGGUUUUAAAAAGGCUACUACAGGUGGCAGGGGCGAAACCGGUUGUCAUUCAGGCAGAAGUCAUGCAGAGAGAGCUGGAGAGCUGCUUAAGGAGAGAAUACACUGUGGAAAAUGUGCCUCUUCUGCUGCACCAGUUCUACACAGACAGGAUCGAUCAUUUGAUUCGAUGUAAAUACUUGCAUAUGCUGAGAUGGAAAAGAUUUUGUCAGCACACGAGUGUCAUGGAACAAUGUUAUCCUCAUUAUAAGAAGCAAGUUGGCUUCAUCAUGCAGGAAUACAAUGAUUCACUACAAAGAGCAAAGAGGCUAUCGAUAGCAAGAGAACAUGCGAUGACAGGACAAAAGAAUUCAAUAAAUUUAGUGACUCUGGAGGACCUUGUUAUCUACCUACAGUGGCUAAUCUGUCACCUGCACUCAGUGAAGCUCAUUCACAGCUAUGUACAGACACUCCAAUACUUGCCUAUUUCUGACCGGGUUGAGCAUGUCAUGGAAGCACAUAGGAAGGAUGUUGAAAGCCAAUCCCAUCAUCUCACUAUGUUUGGAUCUGUCACUUCUAGUCCGCAUUGCAUAACAGAGCAAGAUGGUAAAGAAAAAUACAACCAUUUUGACACCGCAUAA